AUGGCACCCUUCAAGGAGAAGGAGGAUGGCAAGGUCCCCACGGAGGACGACAAGGUCCAGACAGAUGAUGAGGCCAAGCGUCAGCAGGAGGAGGAGGAGGAGGAAGAGUCUCUUUUCGUUUCCCAGGAUUCUCCUGGCGCUCCUGAGACUGAAGAGGCUGCCAAGGAGACCAUCCAGAAUGGCCUCAAGCGAGAACACGAUGAAGACGAGACCUUGACCCCUGCUGCUAAGAAGUCGAAGACCAAUGUUGCCGCCACAGAGACAGACGACAAGAAGAAGAAUGUUGUUGAGAAGAUGACCGAGGAUCAGGCCAAGGCAAGGAUCAACCAGUACUCUCGCGUUAUCCGAGAUGUCCUACUGAAGGACAAGGAGUCCGAGAAGGGCUCUGUCAAGGCUUUGCAAAAGUAUGACGGCCAUUGGGCCAUCAAGGACGGCAACGUCCGUUGGUACUGUGACCACCGAAACAGUGCCAACGUCAAGUGCACCACAGACGUUGGCCCUAAGUUCAAGGAUGUCCACAGCCACAACCACAAGAUCAAGUCUCAUGGAGGAGAGGGCGCCUACAAGAAAAAUCAGGACUCUGGUGAGCUCCCUGUCGGCGAGUGUCUGCUCCACGGCAUCAUGAAUUGCGACUCCAACAAGGGAGCCGGUUGGGAUAACUUUAAUGCGUACCAGAAGCACGUGGAGUCUCACUUUCCGGGUGAGAAGGGCAGAAACCGCCCUACGGAGCUCCAGACAAAGACUGAGUUGCACCGUCAGGCCGCAAAGGCCAAGGAGACUGGAAAGCCCUAUUCAGAGACAUGGGCCACUUGGGUUCCAGCUGAGGGAUCGAAGAGGACUGGAGAUCCCGACUUCGAUUUUGCUCCCGCUCGCAGAACUCUCCAACUGAGGUACAUCUUCUCCCGCCUGAACGGCAUCCACGAGCGGGAGCAGCAGAUGGCUCAGCAGAUGGCCCAGGAGAGUCAGAAUCUGGUCCAGGAGCGUCAGGAUCUGAUCCGUAUGCUGCAGAAUCUUCAUGUGUCUCCUCCUGCUAUGCCUCAGGCUCCUGCUAUGCCUCAGGCUCCUGCUAUGCCUCAGGCUCCUGCUAUGCCUCAGGCUCCUGCUAUGUUUCAAGCUCCUGAGAUGUCUUCGGCUUCUGCUCAGUUUCCGGCCUUGACGAUUCGCGCCGGCCAGAACAACCAGCCUCAGGAUCAUGACGGAAACGGCCAAGGCGAGAUAACCAUGGCCUCAGGUGCUCGUAACAACACCAACGAGACUCAGGAUACGGUUAUGACCGAUGUCAACGAGAAUGAUUCGCCCGCCAAUGAGGCUGCUCAGAACGAUGGCGAUGAUGAGGCUGCCCCGGUUGACACGUCGGUUGGUAAGUCUAAAGACCCUUGGGAUUUUGAUGACCCUUGGGGUAUCUACAAAUAA